AUGAGCAAGCCUGGCUUAUCCUUCGGGCUCAGCCUGAAUGCAAAGAAACCAGCCUCAGCCCGAGCACCGCACCCUCCGAAACGAAAAAUAGCAUUUGGCGGCGGAGCCGACGACGACUCAGACGAUGAGGCGCAGGGCCGCCCCAAGGACGAAGUGGCCAUCACAGAGCUCGACGGCUUCGGCACAUCACCAGCAACAACAGGCACAGACACAACGACCGGCACAUCCAAGAGGAAACACGGCAAGACACCCCUCGAGCCGCCAAAGCUCAAGUCCAAGUCCGACUCCAGUCGCCAGUUCGGCGACCUGUCCUCGGCGCUUACAUCACGCAAGUAUGCCGAGGCCGCACAGUCCCUUGACCCGUCUGUGUACGACUACGAUGCCGCCUACGACAGCCUCAAGGCCGCCGAGAGACAGCGCGAGGCCGAGGUGAAGAAGGAGAGCGCCCAGCGCAAGUCGCGCUACAUGGCGGACGUCACCAAGGCAGCGGAGCAGCGCGAACGGGACCGGGGCGUCGCAGAGCUCAAGAAGAUCCAGCGCGAGCGGGAGGCGGAGGGCGACGAGUUUGCGGACAAGGAGAUGUUCGUCACAGAGGCGUACAAGCGGAAGCAGGAGGAGGACAGGAAGGCCGAGGAGGAAGAGAGGAAGCGGGAGGAGGACGAGCGCAAGAAGAAUAAGUUUGGCGGCAUGACGGGGUUCCACAAGGAACUGCUCGAUCGGGACGACCAGAAGCGGGCGGAUAUGGAGAAACUGGCGGCCGAGGCGGCCAAGGGCGGUGGGGCCCUGGUAGCGGAGGAUGAUGACAAGGAGAAGACGGAGACCGAUAUUGCAAGGGAGAUCAACGCCAAGGGUGGGAAGGUUGUGGUCAACGAGGAGGGCGAGGUCGUCGACAAGCGGGAGCUGCUGAGGGGCGGGCUGAACCUAGGCGCAAAAAAGAAGACAGAUGAGCCCAAGGAGGCUGGCCGAUCGUCCUCGGGCACGAAACCACGCGACCAGUCCAAGGGCUACUUUGGCUCUGGAGGCAAGCAGGCCAUGCGCGAGCGGCAGACGCGCAUGCUGGAGGCGCAGCUGGAAGAGUCCCUCAAGAGGGCGCGCGAGGAGGAGGAGGAGGAGAGGAAGAAGAUCGAGCAGGCGUCCAAGUCACAAAAGACGGCCACAGACAUCUCGAGCGCCAAGGAGAGAUAUCUCGCCCGGAAGAGGGCAGCGGAGGAGGCAAAAAAG